CUGAGAAUGAUGUGCAGUAGCAAAACUUUGGUCUUGGCUACUUUGAUGUCAGUCCUGCUCCUCCACCUCUGCUGUGAAUCUGAAGCAGCAAACACCUAUGACUGCUGCCUCCGAUAUACAGAACGAAAACUUCCUACUAGAAUUAUCCAAAAUUUCACAGUGCAGUGGGCCAAUGGAGGCUGUGACAUUGAUGCAAUCAUCUUUCACACAAAAGCUCGAGCAGUGUGUGCAGAUCCAAGGAAGCAUUGGGUGAAACAUGCGGUGUCCGUCCUCAGCAAGAGAAUGAGGAAGAUGUAAAAAGUGAU